AGAAAACUUCACUUCCCACAAUGCUCUGUUCCGUUCUCAAGCUCUCGCAUAGGAUCACAGACGUCUUUCUGGAGGAAAUAACGGGGGCUUGGCUUUCCGUUUCUGAGGCUUUAGAAAGAGGAAACACGGAAGAAAGACCUUCAGAUUAGCCCUAUUCAUUCGUUUUCUAAAAACUAGGUUUGGUUUUGGCUUCCAUCAAGAACUCUUCCAUUAAGAUUCCCUUUUGUAGCCUUCUCAGUUCUAUGUAGCCAUUCCUGGAAGCUCUCCAUUUCGGACGUGUGAUUGGUUGAGCUGUUUACCAGUGCUGGAGGAAAGGCCUAAUCCCAGAUCCUUCUGGAGAGCGUUAAGACACUGCCUGACUGGAAGCUGACGGGAUUAACUUCAUAUUAGAUUUGUGAGACAAGGGAAGACGAACACCUGCUUGUUAUUACUGGCAAAUCCAGGCCAACCCUGCUCUGGGUUCCACUUGCGUUUUGGAUCUUGUCUGCGAGACGCCACUUUCCAUUGUCAGAUUUGGCAGACUUUCUCCUGUUGUAGGACUCCAGAAUCCAUAAUCAUUCAGAAUAAAGACUAGAGACUUUGCUGGAUACGUUAUGAUAUUAAAAGCAUAGUGCACAAGCAGAUCAGCAUCAUCAGUGUCUGAGAAAACACAUCAGCCAAGCUUCAUUCUGCUCUGGUCCUUCCUCUGCUCAGUGGAAACCUGCAUUCGUUGCGAUGGCUCCUCAGCCGACUCAGACAGGAGUGAGCACUGCUCUGUGAAGGACUACACUCGACUCUCAUCCGUCAGAUAAGAAGAGGAGGAUGAAACUGAAGAAGCAGGUGACCGUUUGCGGCGGGGCCAUCUUCUGUGUGGCCGUCUUCUCUCUCUACCUGAUGUUGGACCGCGUCCAGCACGAUCCCGCCAGGAGACAGAGCGCCGGGAACUUUCCUAGGAGCCAGAUUUCGGUAUUGCAGAACCGCAUCGAGCAGCUGGAGCAGCUCCUGGAGGAGAACCAUCAGAUCAUCAGCCAUAUCAAAGACUCUGUGCUGGAGCUCACCGACACGGGGGCCAUCUCUCCCAGCGGGCAUCUCCCCUUCCGUAGCGCCAAUGGCUCCUGGGUGCUGCCCUUUGAUGGCAGGCCCACCUUUCUCUCCGUCAAGCCGCUGGAUUGCCAGUUCGCACUGGGCCGCAGGAGCCAAACUGACCUGCAGAUGCUGGAUGUGUACUCCUUGCUGAGCUUUGAUAACGUGGACGGAGGUGUGUGGAAGCAAGGUUUUGAGAUCACCUACGAGCCCAACGAGUGGGACGACGAGCCCCUGCAAGUGUUUGUGGUCCCUCAUUCGCACAACGAUCCAGGAUGGAUCAAAACAUUUGACAAGUACUACAGUGACCAAACCCAGCAUAUCUUCAACAACAUGGUGGUCAAACUGGCCGAAGAUCCUCGCCGGAAAUUCAUUUGGUCGGAAAUCUCGUUCUUCGUCAAAUGGUGGGAAAGCGCAGAUGUACAUAAGCAAGAGGCAAUGCGCAAGCUGAUCCUCGGUGGACAGCUUGAGAUGGUGACGGGAGGCUGGGUCAUGACAGACGAAGCCAACGCUCACUAUUUCGCCAUGAUCGAUCAGCUCAUUGAAGGCCAUCAGUGGCUGGAGAAAAAUCUGGGUGUGAUUCCUCGCUCUGGCUGGGCCGUUGAUCCGUUCGGGCACAGCGCCACGAUGCCUUACCUACUGAAACGGGCGAACAUAAGCAGCAUGCUGAUCCAGAGGGUGCAUUACUCCAUCAAGAAGCACUUCGCAGCCACACGGAGCCUUGAAUUCAUGUGGAGGCAGGCCUGGGAUAUUGAAUCGGGCACAGACAUGUUCUGCCACAUGAUGCCAUUUUACAGCUAUGACGUGCCUCACACAUGUGGCCCAGACCCCAAGAUCUGCUGCCAGUUUGAUUUCAAGAGGCUGCCGGGCAGUCGAGUCAACUGUCCGUGGAAGGUGCCGCCCCGAGCCAUCACCGAUGCCAACGUGGCCGAGAGAGCUGGCGUUCUGCUCGAUCAAUACCGUAAAAAAUCCAAGCUGUUUCGUAGCAAAGUGUUGCUGGUUCCUCUCGGGGACGACUUCCGCUACGACAAAGCAUUAGAGUGGGACCAGCAGUACUUCAACUACCAGAAACUGUUUGAUUACAUGAACUCCCGCCGGGAAAUGCAUGUAAAGGCCCAGUUUGCCACGCUGACAGAUUACUUUAAUGCGGUGUACAAGGCUAAAGGAGUCCCUCCGGGGACGAGACCUCCCGAUUAUCCUGUGCUGAGCGGAGACUUCUUCGCUUAUGCAGAUAGAGAGGACCAUUAUUGGAGCGGAUACUACACCUCACGUCCCUUCUACAAAAACCUGGACCGUGUGUUAGAAUCUCACCUACGAGGGGCAGAAAUUCUCUACAGCCUGGCGGUGGCUCACGCACGGCGUGCAGGAUUGGAAGGACGUUAUCCUGUGUCAGAUUACUCGCUCCUCACCGAUGCCAGGCGCAACAUUGGGCUGUUCCAGCACCACGAUGCCAUCACGGGCACCGCCAAAGAGGCUGUCGUCAUAGACUACGGAAACAGGCUACUACAUUCUCUGGUCGGUCUGAAACGAGUCAUCAUUAAUGCUGCACACUUCCUGGUAAUAAAGAAUAAAGACAUUUAUCGCUUCUACCAGACGGAGCCUUUCUUAGAGACGGACGACAGACGCGCCACACAAGACUCUCUCCCGCAGCGCACGCUUAUCGAGCUGGAAUCUACUCCCAGGUAUCUGGUGCUGUUUAACCCCGUCGAGCAGGAGCGUCUGUGUGUGGUCACCAUACUGGUGAAUUCUCUAAGAGUUCGGGUUCUCACUGAAGACGGGCAGACAUUACCGGUUCAGCUCAGCGCGCAGUGGGCGUCUGCUGUUGAGAUGAGUGGAGAGGUCUAUCAGGCUUCUUUCAUGGCACGCCUCCCCGCUCUGGGAUUGGCCGUCUUCCACCUGUAUGACUCUGCUGACUCCCCCAUGACGCUGCGCUCUGAUACGCUGCUCAGGAUCCCGGGGCGGGGUCAGAGCAUACGGGGUUUGGACCCUCUGCCCGUGCGGUCGCAGACGGUAGACGCCCAACCGUUCUACAUCCAGAGCCAGUCGCUCACUCUGGGCUUCUCUGGAACCACAGGCCUGCUGGAGAGCAUUCGACGUAAAGACGAUCCCCAGGAGGUGAGGGUACAGAUCCAGUUCCUCACAUACGGCACUCGACCCUCGAAGGAUAAGAGCGGGGCCUAUCUCUUCCUGCCGGACGGAAAUGCCAAGCCCUAUUCGCAGAGAGAAGCCCCUGUAGUGCGUGUGGUGGAAGGACCUCUCUUCGCUGAGGUUGUGGCACAUUAUCAACACUUCCAGCAGACGGUCCGCAUUCAUAAUGUUCCAGGAAUCGAUGGUCUUUCUCUGGACAUCACUACCAUGGUGGACAUCAGAGAUCAGAAUAACAAGGAGCUGGCCAUGAGGCUGGUUACCGACAUUCAGAGCGGAGAUACUUUCUACACAGACCUCAAUGGUUUCCAGAUCCAGCCUCGCCGGUACUUCCAGAAACUUCCACUGCAGGCUAAUUUCUACCCGAUGCCCGCCAUGGCAUAUAUUCAGGACAGCCAAUACCGGCUCACGCUCCACACGGCCCAGGCGCUCGGGGUCAGCAGCCUGGCCAGCGGUCAGCUGGAGGUGAUCCUAGACCGCAGACUGAUGCAAGACGAUAACCGGGGUCUAGGGCAGGGCCUGAAGGACAACAAACGAACAGCCAAUCGCUUCCGUCUUCUGCUGGAGAGGAGGAGCAACAGCGGAAAGCCUGCUGGCUCCUAUGUCAGAGUCACCAACAUCAUAAACAAAAUCAUUGCUGGUAUUUUAGGAGACGGCCAGGAAGAGCCGAUGGACAGCAGACCAGUCAGCUUCCCGUCGCUGCUCAGUCACAUGACCUCCACCAUCCUGAACCACGAGGUGCUGGCACUGCCCGUGUUGCCCAGGAAACACGGCGUGCCCCCCAUGCGUACCUUCGCUCCAUUGGCUGGCAGCCUGCCCUGUGACUUCCACCUGCUGAACCUCAGGAGCAUCCAAAGCCAGCAGGAUGCCCACUCUCCUUCUUCCUACACGGCUCUGCUCCUCCAUCGACUGGGCCUGGACUGUGGUCUGGAGGCGCAGAACCCUGGUUUCAACUGCACCACCACACAAGGCCAGCUCUCCGUUUCUGGGCUGUUCCGUGGGCUAGAUCUUCAGCUCCUGCAGCCCAUGUCUCUGUCUCUGAUGCACUCCCAGCCCCCGCUCUCCAACGACUCCUCCAUCCAUCUGGAGCCAAUGGAGAUCUCCACCUACAAGCUCAAGCUGUGCUAGAACCAUGUUGCACCAGAACCGGGCUCUCCGUGUGGACCCUUGGAACCUGUGCUAAAGCGGAGAACCACAGCUGGAUGAGACUCUUUUGGAGAUUGUUUAUCCUGAUUAAAUGUAUCUCAAUCAACGCUAACUAAACUCUUAGCAAAAUGGGGAAAAAAAGACUCGAGGAUGAGAUCGUUCCAGCCAAAGUCAGAUUUGGUAGCUGGCCUGUGCGCUAGAGAUAAGAAUGUCCGAGUAUUUUAUUAUUUUUUUUUAGAGAUUUUAUCCGGCAGAGCACUAAUCGGUGAACAUCUUUUUAUUACAGCAAGUGCCGACUUUCUUUUUUCUCCCCCUUUGUCUUUGGCUGGAACUGCUGACCAUUUCUCAUUCAUCGCUGGAGUUCGUACUGUAUGUAAAUAUCUCAAAAACGACAUACAAAUCUGGAUCUAUACCAAACUGUGGGACUCAGUGCAAUAUGUGAAGCUUCUAGCCCUUUUGUUUCUUCAUUUUAUUUGUUAUCUAUCCCUAAGGCCUUGGAUAGAUAGGCUAGUCUUGAAUCAGUGUCGUUGUUUGAGCUCACGCAGUUCUUUUUAUUUCUUUAUCUGUGCUGUGGACGGUUCUGCCUCCGCUCGGCGGCAGAUUGUUGUUUUUCUAUGAAUGUCAAUCAACCAGCUUGGCCUGUGAAGACUGUCAGUGCUGUAACGGACGCGGCAUUUACAGAUCUCUUUCUUUUAGGACGGCUCGUGAACUUGGCCGACAGAAGAAGACGUCUACGAUCCAGCAGCGGUUGAGUCUUCGGUUAGCGCUUUCAUAGAACGGUUAUUGGGUUACGCCUCAAAUCGCAUGACGAGAGCUGACGUUUACAAUCUUUUUUCCAUCCUAGCUUCUGUUAAUGAAUUAAGCUGCUGCCUAAUAAGACAGCUCUGGAUGAUUCACAACACAUUUGAGUUUUUUGUACCAUUUUGAUCGUGUCUAGGCGCAGAAUGUGCUUUAUACUUUGUCAUAUUAUAUGUAGGUUUGAGUCGUAUUUAAGUCAGUCAGUCUUAUUUCAAGGCCAAGAUCAGUCAAGACCAUAUGAGCUUACCUAGACAACAACACAUUCGCAGUAUUUUCAGGUAAACAGAACUCGUAUUCGAUUGUAAAGGUACUAGUGCAGGUAGCAACGGGUUCCUUCACUCAGAUUUAGCCAAUUUCCCACAAGAAAACCCGUUUAGGCCUUAUCUCGCUGUAGGAAGCCCAUCUGUAAUGUGUAGCAGACCCAUCUCAGUCAUUCAUUCUGGCUUUUGUCUGUCACCUCGGUUUGCUUGAAUCGGACAAUUUUGAACAUAAGAAAGCUGUCUGUCCUUCAACCUGUCGUGUCGUUUUGUGUGGUGUCUCACAUUUCCCAGCCUGUCUGUCUCCCCUGGGAAAACCUCUACUCCAGUCUCUGAUUUUAAUUAGAGAAAAAUCUUCACUUCUUUCAACUUUCAGCUCCGUGUCUGAUUAUCUCUCUGUAGUGCGGCCACAUCCAUUAACAUCAGCCAGGCCAUCAUCCAGCUAAUCAAGUUCUGGAGUAGUGUCCUAUCAGGAAGAUAACUCCCCGCAGGAGGAACUCCAAGUAUGGUGUGGCAAACAUCUGUCCGACUCCUUUGGAACACAUUUUGGCGCCCAAUGUAGGGCGCGCUUGCUAUUCCAAAAUUCUGAUUCGUUUUCCCUAUCCGUGCAUUUCCAUGCUUGUUUUUCCUGUGCGUACGCUUUCCAUACUGACAGAUCUCUUUGUUUGAUGUCCUUUAUUUGUGUUGUGUGUUCUGAGAUGGAAAUGAAAUGGUAGUGAAUUGAGAGCAUCAUUUCUUUUGUUUCUUUUUCAUUUUCUGGUUUGGUUUGCUAUUGAGAGAGUCUUCAAAAAAUGACUCAUUAAAGCAAAUGCAGAGACAUUAAUUGGAGGUUUAAUAAAGAUCACACAUGGAAAAAAAGAUGCAAA